UUCACGAAGGAUUACUUCAUUGGGAUUCUACUCCACUUAUAGGCUUUUAUUUUUAUUUUAUUUUUAUUUUGUACAGUUGUCUUUUUUUUUUUACCUGAAAGAUGUGUUCCGGUGGUUGCGCAAAGUGCUUGGGCAUUACCCUUAUACCACUAGCCAUUCUGUGUAUAUUGGCUAAUAUAUUAUUAUUUUUCCCUGGAGGAACCAUUGCUGAUAAAAAUGACCAUAUCUCGGAUGAAGUUUGGUACUUUGGAGGAAUAGUGGGCUCCGGAGUUCUGAUGAUUUUUCCAGCAUUGGUGUUUCUGGGUCUAAAGAACAAUGACUGCUGUGGGUGUUGUGGCAACGAGAGCUGUGGCAAAAGAUUUGCUAUGUUCACCUCUAUCAUAUUUGCUGCUAUUGGCUUUGUUGGAGCGGGCUACUGCUUUAUUGUGUCAGCAGUUGCCAUUGAUAAAGGACCAAAAUGUGAUUUUGGAAAUGGAAAUUAUACUUAUGCCUCCCAGGAAACAGAGCUCUCUUGGAAAGAUUGUGUAGAACCUCCUAACAUUGGUGAGUGGAAUUUGACCCUCUUCUGCUUGCUCCUAUUGAUGAGUGGUGUUCAAGCCGUACUCUGCGCCAUUCAAGCGAUCAACGGACUCAUAGGGACAAUCUGCGGGGACUGCAAAUGUUGUGGAUGUUGUGGGGGUGACGGUCCCGUUUAACUCUACUCCAGUCAUUAGUAAAUCCAACAGCAGUCUCUUCAUUGAGCAUGGAGAAGAUUUCUGAAUCCAGUACCUCCAAUGAACACUAUAGGGAGAAGAUUAAGGAUGAUGGACAUUCAGCUCUGACUAAAUCUUCAGCCAUGUAGACAGACUGUUUCAACAAUUAUCACAGCUCUGCACAUAGAUCGGUCACAUUGUUUGUGCACCAAAGUAAUUUGCCUUUUUCCUUCAAAACUAAGUGAACAUGAACAACCUGGUUCCAUGUAACUCCAGUUCAAAUGCUUACACUGUAUUAGAGCAUGCAUUCUGGAUGUGUUGUAACAGAUUUAUACGCAUGUAUUCUUGCAUCACCUCCUUGCAAAGUAGAUGAGAGAGGACGUGCCAUGCAAUGCUGCUUCAGGACUGAUAUAAUAUUUAUUACUUCACUUUUAUACUUCCCAAAGAUCACUUUAUUGAAUUGCCCAGUACAGAGCAGCAAUGGCUGGAGUUUGCAAAACAUAAUACAGAAAUUGCUCUGAAAACAUUAUAAGCAAAAAAAUUGCAGUUAUAAUGUCAGCCCCAUGAAUUCAGUGCUAUACUGACACCUUCAAUUUGCAUAUUUGUUUUGAUUUACCCUGGAAAAUAUAUUUUAAUAUUCAAAUGUGCUUUAAAAAAAAAAAGAUAUCGAAAGAAGCAGCAUUUAUGUAGGCAAAUAAAAUAUGAUCAAUAAAGAAAUGUUUUUUCCAUG